CUCUAUUAGAAGUUUAGAACUAGUGAAAAACUGCGAAUCUUCGUCGAUUAAAGGACAUCCUCUUCCUCGUAUCAGCAUUCUCAGGCAGCGACCAUUCAUCUCGGAGAUUUGCUAAAAAUGAGUUACCAGAAACCUCCCCACGAACACUACCCUCCCCCAGGAUACACACCACCUUAUCCACCACCGGGAUACUCUCCUUCUGCGCCGCCCUACGAAGGGUACGCACCACCACCGCCUCCGUCUGGGUAUACGGGGUACCCACCACCAGGGCCACGACAGCCGUAUGAAGGGUAUCAAGGAUAUUUCGCCGACGGGUACCCAACACCUCCACCGCCUGCUGGCCAGCCGCAAUAUCAGCAUUGUCAGUACGAGCAUCAGCAUUACCAAGACGAUUCGGAUGGCUUUUCCUCGUUUUUGAAAGGCUGUUUGGCAGCACUUUGCUGCUGUUGUGUGUUGGAGGAAUGCUGCUUCUAAAAUUUAAACUACGUUCAUGGGAUCUGAUAUUGGAUUCAAGACCAGGGAGCAUCGUUAUGAAUCAAGCUAAAAUAAGCAAAAUGCAGACCAGAGCGAUCACUGGUUGGAAUAUCUAACCCAUCACAACACUCAACACUCCCAGUAUCUCCCUGUAAGCAGAUUCC